AGAUCUUUGAAUAUACUAUCCAACUGACCGAGUGCACCUAAGUGGGAAGACAAAAUAGGUCAGCCGGUGCGUAGGCUCGGAUUUUUAUUUAGUUCUGCAGAGUGCUGGUCUUAAGAAUAACACACAGGAAGGACAUGUCACUGGCACUUGUUAGUUUAAGCUUCGUUAGAUUGAUUAGUGUCAGGAACUUCGUUUCAGAUCUGUUUUAUCAUGUCUUAUCGCAUGCGGAAUUAGUAGUUGUGUAUUGGUGCUAUUAAUAUUCAUACAAAAUAUCAGCUUCAGUCCACCAUGGCUUUGGAUUACAGGUAUUAUGACAUUUGUUCCAUUUCUAAUGUUAAGCAACAUUCCUGGAUAUAAUGGUUACCCCAAAGAUCUUUUGGAUAGCAUGCAAUUGUUUGAUCGUUGGUAUGAUAACUCAUAUGUCCCGUUCUAGGUUGUCAGUAACUGACCGUAUUGUUCGUAAGACUUAUCAGGUUUGUGGGGCUUUCUUCACAUGGAGCGACUUCAGAGUGCUUAUGUCAAGUGUGAUGCUAGGUGCCAUGAACAGCUUUGUGGUGGUGAAGAUUUUAGCCUCUGAUGAGUAUUCUUCUUUCUUCGAAUACGAUCAUUUGUAACGUCAUUUAUCUAACACCGUGACCUGUUUAGCCCUUCAGUUAACCAAAAAGCGUAUAUACUAACUACUUGUGGAGCAUUUAUGGGCUUCAUGUUUUGUCUCACAGUCCUUACGCUCAAUAGAUUCACCUUAAAUUACUCAAACCGAAUGGGUAACGUGUUUGUUAUCGCGAAAGAACAUAUGUUGACUCGUCUUCUUACAACUAUUGGAAGGAUAGUGUACUUCCUACCAAUCUAUGCCUUGUUCCCCAAUGUCUUGUGUCAUCUGUCGCGAAAAGUGUCAUUUUUAUGGCUCGUCCUAGACUGUCGAUUACUACUCCUAAUGUUUUUUACAAGUUUCCACUUACAGUUCUCCUGGAGCUGUGCUGUCGACGUCCUAAAAUCACAGUUUAUCAAGCCUGUUGAUAUUCCUUUAUCAUCAGUUCUUAAGCCUUCGUAUUCAGUACAAGGGAUUCUAAAUAAUUCCAGCGAUCCCCUCGAACAACAUUUGGCUUUGGAAAGAUUAGCUGACUUGGUGGCCAUCAAUCAGUCUGUCAGGUCGUCAAUAUUUUCUCUCAGUCACCUAGGUGGUCGCCCUGUGUUAUGGAAACAAAUAAGCAGUUUGUGUAUGCAGCUGAUUGAUCACUUUGUGUCAAGUGUUCAGAAGGCGAAUAGUCGUGGAAUUACCAACUUGGGUACACCGCUUUGGCCUACAGCUGUUGAUUUUAAGUUCGAACGCCAUCUACUGUCUCCAUCUGAAACAAAUGUACGCCAGCGCAGCAAAGCCACGAUGAAGCCAUUGUCCGUUGGUGAUAAAAUGACACCUGAUAUGCAACCAACUGGGUCUAUUAUUGCCCAAAACCUCAUGAAUGCUGGUCGGCAACUGUUUUCGAAAUUAUUUACACGGAUAUCUCAAACGCAAGUUGUUAGUGUACUGUCUUCAGAAAUUGCCUAUGCUCCAACAGCACAUCUUUUUGCUGCUGCCAAUGAUAUUGAUUUUGUAAACAGUCCAAAUCCUUGUAAGCCAAUGGUACAAGCAAGUGGUCAAGUUAUUAUCUGGGCAAUAGAGAUUCUGGCUUGCCUAACACUGGCCUCAUACAAUGAAGAUCCAUUUGGUUCAGUUCAACAGUCUCUCGGACAAAUAUUGCUGCUUUUUGCAGAUGGAUUAGAGGCUGUUGAAAAACAUUUACGAUUGGUUGGUUUACUCACUAACCAACACAAACAGAUUAUGAACUGUUCAGUUACUGACAACCUCAAUUUUAGCACAUUAUCAACUGGAUACCUUCAAACUCCGCUUAGAAACUCGAAACAAUAUUCUGGAAGUGGAUUUCAUUCCGAUACUCAAUGUAAAAUUUCAUAUUAUCGUUUUGCAUCUGAUCCCAGUCUUCCUUGGCGUGUUUAUGCAACAUUUUGCUGGGCUUUAACAAACUGUCUAAAUCAGUACGGUGAUUGUUUAACGACCAUAUCACUGGAUAAAAAGUCAAAAGAAAGAUUGCAGCUAUUGAAGGCUUCUCGCUGUCUGGUAAAAGAAAGUUCAGCCUAGCAGAUUUUGUUUUUCUUGUACAGAUUUAUAUGCAUUUAUGAUAAGACACUUUUGAUAUUUGUUAAAUAAACAUAUAAGGUGG